AUGCUUUGUAAAUAUGUUACUAAUAAUAACACUCUAAUAGUCUCAUUGGGACGACGCCUUUAUAGCUCGAAUCAGAGUAAUAUUAUAACAUCAUAUGAGAAGGAUCAAUUAACAAAAUUACCAUUUUUUAAUGAAUCUAAUAUUGAAACUGAUCCUUUACAAACUAUUAAAAAUAUUACAAGACAAAAGAAAGAAUAUCUAAAAAAAAAAAAUGAUAUUGUGGAAUCUAUUAUUGGAAUAAAUUCUAAUGAUCCACCAUAUUUAUCUUAUUCAUUUAAAGGGUUACCUUCAAUGUAUGAUACAAUAACUCAGAAUAGGAUUCAUGGUAGGCUCUCUGUAACUAAAUUGAUGACUAAAUCAUGGUGUGAAUUAAGAUAUGCAUAUGAUGUUUAUUCAAAGAUGGAUAAAUUGACUACUCGAAACAUUUCACAAGGUGUAACAUUUCAUAAAACUUUAGAAGAUACAAUGAUACCAGAAAAUGUUAAAUUAGAUCAAUUUUUAAAAGAACAACGUAUAAUUGGAUUUGAAAAGACAUUACAAUGUAAAUGGAUUGAUACUUUACAAAAAUUGUUAAUGACAUUUUCUAAUGUAGGAGAAUGUAGAGAAGUAUUGUGCCAUGGAUACAUUAUCAAUCAAAUAGAUUCUCUUCAAGAUGGAAAAUUUGUCACAGAUGUUGAUAUUGGUUCAAAUAUGGAUCAAUUGAUACUAGUAAGUGGGAUUAUUGACCAUUUGAAAUGGGUUCCGCGUUGGGGCAAUGAAUCUCAUUCAGAUUCUAAAUUUGAUUUAUUUAAUGACAUUUUCAAUGAUGAAGAGAUUAACAAUGACCUACCAAAGAUAUUAUCAUCACUUCAAAGAGAGAUUCCGAAGAGAAUUAACGGAUGGAAGUUACAAGUCCGUGAUGUUAAGACAAGACAAACAUUUAAUAUUCCAAAUCAGACAUCUGUUCAAAGAUCAACAAAAUUGCAAAUCAUGUAUUAUAGAAAAUUUAUUGAAAUUUUAAGUCUUAAUCCUAAACAAACUUAUAAGAUGUUAAUAAUAAAUGCUCAAAGGAGAAACUUAGAUGUUGAUCAGGAGCUCGAUUCAAUGACAAUUAUUGCUUUAAUGAUGCAGAAUCCAAUGUUAAUACCCGAUAUGAGAAGAUUACGAGAUGGUAAAUCCAUUGGUUUUGAAUCAUAUGAUGCUCCUUCUUAUCAACUUCAAAAAAGUAAUAUACCUUUUGUAAUACCACAGGAUAUUGUAUCUGUAGAAGUUAGGGAGAGUUUUAAAGAAUUUGUUACUAUUUGGAAAAGGCCUGUAACAUUAAGAUAUUUCGCUGCACGUUUAGCGCAAACAUAUCAUUUAUUAAAUUCUAUGCUAUCAGAAGAUUUACUAGUAGAAUAUUAUUGUCGAGGAGUUAAUUUUCAUAAUUUACCCUUUAGGAAUAAUGAUAAACAAUUAAUUGAUCAUAAUGCUGAUAGAACUAAUUUUUUGUUUGGUAAAAGAGAAGUUCAACCAAUUGAACAAAAUUUAAGAAAUUUCCUUACGUAUUGUAAACAUUGUGAUUAUCAAUCGGUCUGUUCUUGGAAACAUGAAGGUGAAGAAAAAUUAAAGGAAUUAGGGAAUGAAUUGGUUGAGAUGUGGCAAGAUGACUGA